UCUUAACUGUGGAGUCAUCACUCCAGCCCCACAGUAUUUGUUUUAAAGGCCCGAUACUCAUAAUACAAUUAACAGUUUGAAGGAGGGAAUAGAUGUGCAUUUUCUGACGCCUUCGUGAUACAUUAAUAAUAGGAUUAAGAAAAAUUCAAAUCUAAACAGUUGUGUGGCACAUGUGCAUCAUCCCAGCCACCUGGAGCAGAGAGAGCAUCAUCAUAACUUGGAGGCCAGUGUGCCUUACAGAGUAACUGAUCAGCCACCCAAGGACAUAGAACAAAACUUUUCCUCAAAAAGAAAAGAAGAGGUGGUGUACACUUUUGAUGCCUUUAAUCCAAGCACACUGGAAACAGAGGCAGGUCUCACAAAGCUGGUGUUGAUGCAGCAAAGAACUUAAAACAAUGGAGGAGCGGAAAGUGAAGAGAAAGAGUCCAAAGUCUUUCAGUGCCCACUCAACUCAGGUGGUUAAUGCCAAAAAAAAUGCCAUCCCAGCUAGUAAAAGCACAGGGUUUUCAAAUCCUACAUCACAGUCAACUUCCCAGCGGCCAAAGUUAAAAAGAGUGAUGAAAGAAAAGAACAAACCUCAAGGAGGGGAAGGGAAGGGGGCUCAGUCCACCCCCAUCCAGCACUCCUUCCUCACAGAUGUCUCUGAUGUCCAGGAGAUGGAGCGAGGGCUCCUGAGUCUGCUGAAUGAUUUCCACUCUGGAAAGCUGCAGGCAUUUGGAAAUGAAUGUUCUAUAGAACAGAUGGAACAUGUCCGGGGAAUGCAGGAGAAAUUAGCUCGCUUGAAUUUGGAGCUCUACGGGGAGUUAGAGGAACUUCCUGAGGAUAAGCGGAAAGCGGCCAGUGACGCCAACCUGGACAGGCUUCUGUCUGACUUAGAAGAAUUGAAUUCUUCUAUAAAAUCUUCUUAACUGGUGAAUUCAGACAGAAACUGCAUUUGGCAGACGCACAGGAUGUUCCCAAUACGUCCACCAGCUAAAGCAGACUGCAACCUGCUCUGUGGGAUUUGCAGAGAAGCAGCAGUCGUUACUUUUCCAGCUGAGUCCAAUAGCAGAAUCAUCUUCCACAACAAAAUCCAAGUAAUGAAACUGCAAGUGCUGUGAUCGUGUCCACAUGCCGCUUCUAGUCAGUGUGCUCGCUGUAAUUCACCGCUGGGGAGGCCGUGGCUGCGGGUCUGAUCAGGAAGUGGGAUGCAGGGUUGUGCUGCUGUGUUUUCUUCUGUUGCCUUAAGGGUUAUACUUGAAAUGCAUUGUGCUAAAUACUUGGUAGGGCUGAAGGAUUUGUCCUUCCUGCCAUCACCACGUGGACCCAGUGCGACUCACAUGUUGGUGGUGCACAGGCCUCCUGUGGCAGCCCAGCUUCAGGUUACGUCAGACAAUCAGUACACACGCAGGUGUGUUUCCCAAUGGCCAGUGAUGAAUGUUUAAUAAGUAUUUGUGAGAUUUGCUAUUUUUAAUAAAGUGAUUGUUUUAAA